CUAUCUAAAACUCUCCCAGCAUUCUGUCUUCUUCCAGAAAAUUCAGUUUAACCAAACGUCCUCUCAGUACCAGGGCAGCCCGGCGGAGCGGGCGGGUCAGAGUCCGUUGCUAUGGUGACCUCCUGUAAACGCAGCGACGGUUGAAGAGUCCUGAAGAUCCGCAGCUUCGCCCACAGGUAGCUGUUGUCAUGGCAGCGGGGGCGGUGUCAGCUCCACUCAUCAUUCCAAUGAUCCAACCACAGACGAGCAGAAUCAAGAACCACAUCGACACCAGCACACCUGUCUGCCUCCAGUCAGAUACUCCAGGUGUGCAUAUCUUCUACACACUGGACGGGUCGCGGCCGGUGGCGGCCAGCAGGAGGUACGGUGAACCGGUGCUGCUGCCUGCAGGUCGGGUGUCUGUCAGAGCGUUGGCUGAAACCAGCGACGGCAGGCAGAGCUCCGUGGUGACCAAGGUGUUCUUUGUGGACCAGGCAGAUACCAGGAUGGACCCGGAGGUCCUGCAGGACACACAGCAGCCUCCAUCUGAAGGAACGUCCUGUUCUGCCGAGAACUCUGCUUCUUCACUGAGGCCUGCAGAGCCGAGGAUGAUGGGAAACGCCUGUCCUCAAUCAGGUCCUAAUCUCCGCUGGCUUGGUUCUGGGACGCAGCUGGAGGGGUCAGGUUACCUGAGUGGCAUGCCGGCGUCCCACCUCCAGCAACAGACCGACUUCCUGCGGUGUCUCCAGUGUCUGGUCCUCCGUCCGUUGGACCCUCUGGCUUGGUUCUGUCCUCGAUGUGGAGCUGUGUUUCCUCUGUUUCCUGUCCAGAGGCUGCCCCUUCCUGAGGGAGGACAGGUACUGCACAUACCUGAGAGAGUCACAGUCCAGGGCCAUGUGUUGUGUGUUUGCUGUGGAAGUGGGAAUCCAGCUCACCUGUCCAGCUGUUUGACCUGUGAGACUCACCUGCAGCAGGCAGGUGUCGGUGGCUCUGCCCCCUCUGUCCCGGCAGCAGGUGGCAGGUCGGUGUCCUGCUCCAGGUGUCAGCGGAUGAACCACAGCGACGCCAGAUACUGCGAUUGGUGCGGCUCUAAGUGUCAUCAUGCAGUCAGCUGUGUGGUGUGUUGGCGCUGUGGAGCUAACGGACACCUGAACGCUUUCUACUGUGGAUCCUGUGGGGUCUUCCUGGAAAUGCCGGUCCCACCCACAACCUGCAGUGACGUCACACCACCUGUUGGGGGCGAAGCCACUGGCCAGGCCAUGCCCUCAUCAGACCCCACCGCCAGCGUGAAGGUAGCCCCACCCACUGUGGAUCGGUCCACACAGACUGUAGGACUCUAUUACCCAUCAGCCACCGAGCUGCACAGGAAGGAGCAGCAGAGGGCGGAGAAACUCAGCCGAGACCGCCGACCGCCGCUGACCGCUGUCAGCCCGGGACAAGGUUACUGGAGGAAGCAGCUGGAUCAUGUGUGUGCUCACCUGAGGAGUUACACCCAGAACCACGCCCCCUUCAGGGCUCUGCUAGGUGAACCUCGUUUGGGCCAGGUGGUUUCUGCUGUGGUCCAGGAGGAUCGGUACGAGGUCAGUCUGACUGUCAGCUUCAUGUCGGCCGGGAGGGAAAUCAAACAGGUGAGUCCUGAAGAGGAUGGAGCUGGACCAUCAGGUGGAGGGAUCGGACCGGUGGUUCGGGCUGAGAGUCUGAGCAGCGUUACAGAACGAAGCAUCAACGGUCACAGUGUGAUCAAACACAACCAGAAGCUCAAACCUGCAGUGAAGGACACUCUGCUGCUGAAGGAGCUGGGUACGGGUGGAGGUCAGGUCAGCGCCAUGCAGCAGCUCCUGGAUCAGGGGGUGGAUCCUUCCUGCUGCGGUGGUGACAGUCGCCACGCGCUGGCGGACACCAUGGUGAACGGUCACCAUGACGUUCUGCCUGUUUUAGUGCAGCGAGGAGCCGACGUGGAGCAGGAGUCCGGACUGUAAGACUCUCAGAUGUAAUGCCGGCGUGAGGCGGAGGAAUGCCACCGGUCAGACGGCGCUGGACGUGGCGCUGAGCUCCGGCUGCAGCAGGACGGUUUCUCUGCUGGCGGCUCAGACUUGACUGGACCUGCUGGGAAAACCCAAAGCGAACCUGGACGGGUUCUGAAGACAGAGAACAUCAGAGAUUCAGGAAGAACACCUGACACAAACAGCUAAUCACCUCAGACCAGGUCAGCCUGAGGAACCCACAGAUCUGUUGAACUGCACUCAGAACCAGAACUCUCUGAGAUCAAAAAAUCAUGAAGGUAAAACCGUCAUCAUUCGUCUUGAACAGUGAAGAUCUGAGAUGUUCUCCUGGACUGAUUGAGUCUGAGUUCUGAAGCUCAUGUUUUUUUUUUUACCAGCUGAUGAGUUCAAGAGCUGCAGGUUCAUCAGAUUAAAGACUUUACAGAAACCACAGAAUGUUUCCUGGGGUCCUUUCUUGGUACUGAAAGUCUAAAAACCUUCAUGUUUCUUUUCAGGUUUAGACUCACAGAUAAACAGCAGCAACGAUUCAGUAAUUAGUUACCAGCUAAUUCCAUUCAUCAGUUUGAGUUAUUUUAAUAAAAACAGUGAAUGUUUUCUGGUUUCUUUCCUGUGUGACAGAAAACUGAAGAUCUCUGAUGCAUAUUUCAGAUCAAACACCUGAUCUAUUGAUCAGGAACUGAUGGACAGCUGCAGCUUCGAAGAUGAACUGAAGAAACUCUGGAGGUUAAACUUCAGGCCACAACUUGAGGAAUCAAACAUUAAUUCUGACGACAUUUUCUAUCCAGUUUCCUGGUUCAACCUGCAGCUGGAUUCAACAGAUCAUCUUCAGAACAGAAAUUAUUGUGAACUUUUCUGGUUUAUUUGAGGAAUAAACUGCACUGAAGGUGGCGCUAAAUGAAAUAAACAGAAAACCAGACAAGGUUCAAACAUUGAGA